GCGCGGGUGGCGGUGCGCCGGGCGGUCUCAGGCCCUCGCUCAGGCCCGGACUGACGCCCGGCAUGCUGCACGGCUCGCCGCACGGCCUGCCCGGCCACCAUCAUCUCGGCAAUCCUCAUCCGCAUCUGGUGCCGCCCGCCGAGGACGACGGCGUCGUCGACGAUCCCAAGGUCACCCUCGAGGGCAAAGAGCUCUGGGAGAAGUUUCACAAGCUCGGCACCGAAAUGGUUAUCACCAAGAGUGGACGACAAAUGUUUCCACAAAUGAAGUUCCGCGUGUCGGGACUCGACGCCAAAGCCAAAUAUAUCCUGCUGCUCGACAUCGUCGCGGCGGACGACUUCAGAUACAAAUUUCACAAUAGCAGGUGGAUGGUCGCGGGCAAGGCCGAUCCGGAGAUGCCCAAGCGCAUGUACAUACACCCGGACUCGCCGAGCAGCGGCGAGCAGUGGAUGCAAAAAGUCGUGAGCUUCCACAAACUCAAGCUGACGAACAACAUCAGCGACAAGCACGGCUUUACGAUUCUCAAUUCCAUGCACAAGUACCAGCCGAGGUUUCAUCUGGUCCGGGCGAAUGAUAUACUGAAGCUGCCCUACUCCACGUUCAGGAGUUACGUGUUCAAAGAGACGGAAUUUAUCGCCGUCACCGCCUACCAAAACGAAAAGAUAACGCAGCUGAAAAUCGACAAUAAUCCAUUCGCCAAAGGUUUCCGAGACACCGGCGCCGGCAAACGCGAAAAGAAUUCUAGCCGGCAGUCCCUGCUCUCGGUCUCCGGGGGCGGCUCUCGCCUCAGCAGCUCGGGCCUCGGCGGUCCGGGCUCGCCCGACAAGCAUCGCCGCUCCUCCAACUCGGCCAACGACUACUACGACGACGACGACAAGCUGCUGGACGUGGUGGGUCCGGACACGCCUCGGCCCUCGCAUCAUCACAGAUCGCACUCGCACGACCGGGACGGCAUCAGUCACGACGGCAGCGAGUCCUCGGGCUCCGAGAGCGAACGUUUGGCCGCCCAUCACGGCUCCGAGGGGCCCAGACCCGACGUUACCGUGGGACCGCCGCUGCAUCAUCCGCCCCUGAUACCCUACCUGUACCCGACGGUGUCGGGCCUGUAUCCGCCGCCGAGUCACCUCAUGCCGCCCUCGCCGCUGGGUCUGCACGGCUCGGUCACGACGAACAUGUUGCUCAACGCGCAGAUCGCCCUGGCGGCUCAGCACUCGUCGCUGUUCAGCCACUACAAUCCGCAACACCUGAUGAACUCGCUGCAGACCUUCAAGGCGAAUCAUCGUUACGCGCCGUACACCCUGCCGUCGCACGCGCCCUCGCCCGGCUCCGCGUUCGAGACGGUGACGCCGGGCAGUCGGGGCGGCACGAUCAGUCCCCGCUCGCCGCCGCCGAGGCCGCCCACGGGUUCGCCCACGCCCGCCGGCAGCAUAGCCAGCUCGGCGACGGGCGAGCUCAAGUCCAUCGAGAACAUGGUCAACGGGCUGCAGGACAAGCGUCACAGUAGGACGAGUCCGCACAGAUCCGAGUCGGAUCACGGCGCCGGGAGCCCGUGACAGGACAAUCGCAGCAGCGGCGGUAGCAACAGCGGCAGCGGUGGCAGACUCAACAAUAACGUGGUGAUCGAGGGUAGUGGUGGUAGUGACUCAACGACGACGAGAGAUCGGAAAUACGGCGGUAAGGUGGCCGAGCAUCAGCAGCAGCAUCGUCGUCGCGACGACGUCGAUGAUCACGACGACGAUGGUGCUGCCGGCAACACCGAGAGCAACGACGCCGCCUCCUCAUCGCGCUCGCUGGCCGAGGAUCAUCCGAACAAAGUUAACAAGGGCGGCGGUGGCGGACCCGACGCUGCCCAACCCGACUCCACGUCCGGGCCGGCUUCGUAGCAACCAGGUGUAGAAGCGAUUUAAACGAGACUUGGUUGUCGGCAAGUAAACCCCAAAAAUUAA